CUCUGCUUGCAUGUGCAUCGCACCACCCGGCUCUAAUGUAAUCGGCAUCGAGCUCUUUCAGGUACUCUUUGCCUCUGUCACUCGGUGGCAAUCGUAACGCUGCUUACGCCGCAUCGAUACGCACUGGAACUCAGCUCCGUCCUUCGCUCCGCCCUGGGGCGCCAAAAAACCACAGGCACAGCUUUCGGAUGUCAACGCUCGAGCUUCGGCCGCGCUCUUCGAAGUUGGGUUGCAGGUCAAGAGCGGUGGCAGCAGCAGCACCCUCAAAGAGGUCGAGAUCAACGCUAUUGCUGUUCAGCCCGAGGCUGGCAACGUCGCCAACGGAGCCAAGCACCUCAGUUACCACCGCCAUCACCCGGUUGCACCCCCGCGGGGGUCCUACUGGGUACCCCCCUGCGGGGCCCGCGGGGGGGAUUUGG